GAGUGCUUGUGCUACAUCAGCAAACUGACAUACUAACCAACUGACAUAUUAACAGCAAGGAACAAAUGGGCUUCAAGUACAGGAAGGAAAGAGUACAUUCUCUUUCCGCACUAAAACCUGGUGAUCACAUAAGAGUCUAUAAGACCCUCUACUACCAUCACAUGUUAGUCGUUCGUGUCAUUGACAAAAGAACAGUGCUUGUCAUUCAUUACACAGGACCGGAGAAAGAUGAAGAACAAGGUCAAUAUGGGCCCAUGCAAGCAGCAGCUGUUGCAGGAACAGCAUCUUCUCUACUUUUAGCACCUACUGAUAAAUCUGCUCCUAGAGCUAUGAUUAUUGAAGAGCCAGUUACAUUUGAUCUCAGUGUACAGAUUCUUGAGCAGCUCGAGUAUGAACCUGGUGUUGCUAUCAAUACUGGGGAAAAAGCUGUAGCUCGUGCUCGAGAGAGAUUAGGUGAAACGGAUUACAACCUGUUAUUCAAAAAUUGUGAAUCAUUUGUCAAUUGGGCCAUCACCACACGUGAAGAGACUAAUCAAGGGGAAAUGGGCACUUUUGGGCUUAUUGCUGGAGGACUGACGUUGCUAGCUGCAGGUUUAGGUGUUGGUGCUGCUGCUUAUUAUGCUAGCAGCAGAUCUACCAGUCACAGUGAUGAAGAUGAAGAGAAAGCUAAGAAAAGGGGUAGAAAAUGGAACUAGCAUACCAGCAAGAGUGGACUUGUCAAUGUAACAAUGACACACAAUUUAAUUAAUGUAAUCAAUUUAAUUCAGUACUGAUCAUUAAUAUUACCAU